AUGCCUGUUCUCGUAGAAGUAGAUCGUGCUUUGAAGGAGCUUACGAUCGAGGAAAAAGUCAAGCUUCUCUCGGGUAAAGACAACUGGUCUACCUACCCUAUUGAGCGCCUGAACAUUCCCUCUCUUACGGCCACAGAUGGUCCACACGGGGCACGAGGCACAUCCUUCUUCAAUGGCCCACUAGGGGCGCUGCUCCCAUCAGCAACGGCGAUGGGGGCCACCUUUGAUACCAAAUUGAUGCGGUCCGUCGGUAACAUGCUGGCUGUAGAAGCCAUCGAGAAGGGCUGCCAAAUCUUGCUCGCCCCAACCGUUUGUUUGCAGCGUUCGCCCCUCAUAGGCCGUGGCUUUGAAGCCUUUGGCGAAGAUCCGAUCCUCAGCGGUAUGAUAGCCUCCGAGUAUAUCAAAGGUGUACAAGAGAAAGGGGUUGCGACUUCAAUCAAGCACUAUGCAGCACACGAUCAGUCCUACAUGUCCCCAGAGGACGACUUGCAAGUUGCUGAAAGGACACUACGAGAGGUACACCUUUUGCCUUUUCAGUUAGCGGUCAAACACGCCAACCCAUGGUCAUUUAUGACUUCAUAUCACCGCAUAAAUGGCGUUCAUACUUCAGAGAACGAAUGGCUCAAUACAGAAGUUCUCCGCGAGGAAUGGGGAUGGAAUGGGCUCUUGAUGAGUGACUGGGGCGGUGUCUAUAGUACCGCGGAGGCAGUCAAUGCUGGCAUGGAUCUAGAGAUGCCAGGUCCUGCAAGGUGGAGAGGUGAUCUCCUGCAUCUUGCCCUCCUUUCUCGAAAGGUAAAGAAAUCGAUGAUCGAUAAACGAGUUCGGAACUUGGUCAACCUCGUGAAUAGGGUGCGGCCGGCUCUCGAGUACCAAGUACCAGAUGACGAAGCUGGCAAUACACCUGAAAAGAGAGCUUUAUGCCGAGAAGUCUCUCGGAGCUCUGUCGUUCUCCUCAAAAACGAGGACAAGGUGUUGCCCCUUGACCCAUCAGCGCAACAAACCUACGGUCUGAUCGGCCCCGGAGUUAUAUACCCUGCCGUCAGUGGCGGUGGUUCAGCUGACUUACGCCCCUAUUAUGUCCAAAGGCCGCUAGACGCCAUACAAGACAUUGUAGGCAAGGAACGAGUAAAGAUGGCGGUUGGUUGCUACUCGCACAUAUUCACGCCACCAUUAUCCGAAUGCGUCACUGUUCCAGGAACAAAUGAGGAGGGGUACAGACUCUCUUGGUUUGGUGAAGACCCAGAGGCGAAUACCAAGGCUGAACCACUUCACUCUGUGACUACAACUCAAGCCACAAUGUAUUUCGCAGACAGCCAUCCCGCCGGCGUUCCUGAAGUAUACUGGCUUCGCGUCAAGACAACAUACAAAGCACCCAAAACAGCGACCAUGCUUGUCGGUCUCUGUGUUAUGGGCAAGGGACGCCUUUAUAUUGAUGGCAAAGAAGUGGUCGAUCUUUGGUCCAGCCAUCCGCAGAAGACGCUCCAGACUCCCAUGUUUAACCAAGCAAGUAUGGAGUUGACAACUGAUCUGGUAGCCAAGGAGGGACAAACUUACGAGAUUUCUGUUCUCAUGAAGAAUGAAUCCAUGUCUACCAAUGUUGCAGGGCCCUAUGUUGGAACGCCAUGUAUUGGUGGCGUCCGGCUCGGGUGCUGCGAGAAGAUCGACCCUGCUGCCGCUGUAGAUGAGGCCAUUGAGUUAGCGAAGAGUGUAGAUGUGCCUAUUAUCAUCGCUGGCCUGAACGCUGAUUACGAGACCGAGGCGGUGGAUAGACACGAUCUGGAGCUGCCACCUGGCAUCAACGAUCUCAUUUGGAGGGUAACCCAAGCUAACCCCAAAACUAUAAUUGUCAAUCAGUCUGGUUGCCCAGUUACCAUGCCCUGGGCGAACCAAGUUUCGACCCUUGUCCACGCGUGGUUUGGUGGCCAGGAAACUGGCAAUGCUAUCGCUGAUGUACUCUUCGGUCGCUAUAACCCAUCAGGCCGUCUGUCUGUUACAUUCCCGCGCCGGCUGGAAGACACGCCAUCCUUCCUUAGCUUCGGUAAAGGAGUCAGGCAAAUGUACUACGGAGAGGGCGUAUUCAUCGGUCACAGAUACUAUGAGAAGCUCGGCAACGAUCCGCUCUUCUACUUCGGAACUGGUCUUUCGUACACAACAUUCGAAUACUCGAACCUCAGGGUCCCGGAGAUUGUCGAUCUAGGCGACGAUGGGGAGCAAACCUUCAAGGUGGCGGUUGAUGUCACCAACACUGGUGACAGAGAUGGCUACGAGAUAGUCCAAUUGUACGUCUCUGAUGUUGAAUGCGACACUAUCCGGCCACGCAAAGAGUUGAAGGGCUUCGUCAAGGUGUGGGUGCCCAAGGGUAAGAAGAUGAAGGCCGAAAUUAGCUUAGACAAGUACGCUGUGUCAUACUGGGAUGAGGAGGAGGAAAUUUGGCUCGCCGAAAAAGGUUCCUUCAAGGCGAUCAUAUCGCGGAGCGCAAACCCGAAAGAUGAAGUCCUGCAGAGAGAGUUCGAAUUAGGAAGGGAUUUGUACUGGAGAGGGGUAUAG